UUUCCCCUUGCCAUCAUGAACGACUACCGCGCUGUUAUUUUCGAUAUUGGGGGAGUCGUAAUGCGGAGUCCGUUCAUCGCGAUAGCUGCCACUGAACGGAGGCUCGGACUACCUGAGAAUUAUCUCAACACUUCAAUCGUAGAGCGUGGACCUAACGGAGCGUGGCAGCGCUUCGAGCGCGGCGAAAUCCAACUCCAAGCAUUCUAUCAACAGUUCAGUCGCGACCUAUCGGAUACUGCGAAUGGGAAUCAAUGGUAUGCUGCUUAUUGCAAACGCAAAGGACUUUCGUGUCCCCCCCUGCCAGAAAAACUGUCUGUCGAUGGACGAGAAGUGCUUUACCAUCUAGUUGUCUAUCCUCGCGCCAACUUUGUGCUACAGUUAUUUGGUUCGAUGAUGCGUGAAGCUGUCACCUUCGACCCACACAUGCUCCGAGCGAUUCGCAGAAUACGAGCGGCAGGCAAGCAUAAAAUUAUUGCUCUCACCAAUAAUUUUGCGCGUUCCUCGACCGAAGAUCCAAUUCCCCCGUCAGAAUUGGAAUUCCUUGGCUGGAAUGAGGGAGGAGCGACUCCUGCUGUCCUCCGCGGACUAUUCGACGAUUUUUGUGACAGCAGCGAGCUUGGUGCACGAAAACCCGAACCGCGGUUCUACAGAAUGGCACUUGAGCGCAAUGGUCUGCUAGCACACCAAGUCGUGUUUCUGGACGACAUCGGGAUAAAUCUCAAAGCCGCGAAACAACUUGGUAUGGAGACCAUCCAUGUACCACUGGGGGGUAACUUGAAUGCUGCUCGACAACUAGAAGCCAAACUAGGUAUCGACCUGACGAGGAAUCCGACAGAAGAGGAAGUUAGAAUGGCCAAAUUAUGA